CCUAGGUACAUGGCUUGUCUGAAUCUGUAAUGCUUUUAGGAAGCAAGAGCAGGGGCUGAAGGCUUAUUCCGGACAGUUGUUGUUAAGAAGAUGGUUGGAGAAGGUACAUCUGCCUUUCUUCCAGGUGAACAGCCCAAGCCGUCCAGCAUGCUAGUCUUCAUUUUCCUGGCCAUGGGGCUGUGCUUAGAAAAUGAAUCCACUUCCCAAACCACUGACUGCACAUAUUUGAGAGACCAAUGCCUAAGUGAUGUGAAUGGAUGUAAACAUGCCUGGAGAAUAAUGGAAGACGCCUGCAGUGUUUCAGGUGACCCCUGCAGGAUGAAGAAUUCAUUGAGCUGUAACCUGGGCAUCCAAUCCUUAGUGGAAACCAGUUUACAAUUUAAAGAUUGUCUCUGUACUGAUGACUUCUAUUGCACUGUUAACAAACUGCUUGGAACAAAAUGCAUCAAUGAAUCAGAAGAAUCAGCACUAUCCUCAGAUUUGGCAUCACAAUUAAAUACCACAAAAUGGCUCCAUCAGAAAGAUACAUCGCUAAUGGUUGAAAGAAUGAGUGACUGUGCCAUAGCAGCAAAAAUCUGCCAGGAAUCUGAGCAUUGCAGUUUUUUAUAUGAGAAUUUUAAGAAAAUCUGCGGGAGGGAAUCAGAACAAUGUAAGACCCUUGAUGGAAGCCACCUGUGUGCCGCAUUAACAGAAAGCAUGAAAGAAACAAUCUUAUGGACUUGUCAGUGUAAUGACCCUUCAAAAGUAGAGUGCAUUGAAAUUUGGAAGAGUUUGUUUGAAGACAAAUGUAUGCAGGAUGCUCAAAUUAAUCAAGUUCCAGCCUUCAGUGAAGACGAUGAAGAUGGAUUCAGCCAGGCCAUUGUUUCCGGAACGAAAGGGAUCCGGUCCUGUUUGGAAGUGGCAGAGAUGUGUGUAGGGGAUGCGGUCUGUAAUGCACAGUUGGCCCUGUACCUUAAAGCUUGCUCAGCAAAUGGAAAUCUGUGUGAUGUGAAACACUGCCAAGCAGCCAUACGGUUCUUCUAUCAAAAUAUGCCUUUUAAUAUUGCCCAGAUGUUGGCUUUCUGUGACUGUGCUCCAUCUGAUAUACCUUGUCAGCAGUCCAAAGAAGCUCUUCACAGCAAGCCAUGUGCAGUGAACAUAGUUCCACCCCCUACUUGCCUCAAUGUAAUUCGCAGCUGCCGAAAUGAUGAAUUAUGCAGGAGGCGCUACAGGACAUUUCAGUCAAAAUGCUGGCAGCCUGUGACUAGAAAGUGCCAUGAAGAUGAGACUUGCAUCAGUACCUUGGGCAAGCAGGACCUCAUUUGCUCAGGAAGCGAUGACUGCAAAGCAGCUUACAUGGGCACCCUUGGGACGGUGCUUCAAGUGCAGUGCACCUGUAGGACCAUGUCACAAAGUGAAGAAUCUCUGUGCAAGAUUUUCCAGCAUAUGCUUCACAGAAGAUCAUGUUUCAAUUAUUCAGCUCUGUCCAAUGUCAAAGGCAUUGCAUUGCAAAAAAGAAAACAACCAAAGGAAAAAACUCUAAAUGGAUUUCAUUCCCCCUUCAACGGAGAAGUGAUUUAUGCCGUCAUGUGCAUGACAGUCACCUGUGGAAUCCUUCUCGUGGUUUUGUUCAAGCUGAGAACCUUCAGAAUAUCAACUCAAACCAGAGAUCGAUCACCAAGCCAAAUACCCGGAGGACUCAUGGUUCAUUAAGAAUCUUGGAUCAUUAACAAUCACUUCCUUUCAAGCAGGUCUUUCUAGCCAGUCAACAGAAUAUCCUGUUCGUCAUCAAUAAAGAAAAUGUUAAGAAGGGCUUAAUGAUAUUGUAUCAUUAAGGAUAAUAAUGUAAGGUAUAAUAAUAUGACAGGUGUUCGAUUUAUUUUUUCUUUAUAAGUUAUUAACUAUAAAUAAACAGUGAUAUCUUUUAUGAGACCAAUACAGAAUUACAGAAUUGCCCUUGAAGGCAAAAAGUGUUAUCUUAAAUUACAGUCUACAUGAUUUAUUGCAUGAUAAAAUUUGAAUCUAUAAAAUGGUAAUUAGCUACGUCAUAAUAUGACAUGGUUAGCAGGGUUUUUUUCUGAUCAAUUUAAAAAAUUCCCAUUAACUUGCCUAAAGAAAAAUGCUAAUAAAAUACCUAGUUCGGCCCUGACCAGUUUGGCUUUGUGGAUAGAGUGUCGGCCUGCAGACUGAAGGGUCCCAGGUUUGAUUCCGGUCAAGGGCAUGUACCUUGGUUGCGGGCACAUCCCCAGUAGGGAGUGUGCAAGAGGCAGUUGAAUCAAUGUUUCUCUCUCAUCAAUGUUUCUAACUCUCUAUCACUCUCCUUCUCCCUUCCUCUCUGUAAAAAAUCAAUAAAAUAUAUUUAAAAAAAUACUUAGUAUGUUUUUAUUUGUAUAUCUUACAUAUAGAUUAGAUAAAUUAUUAGCAUUGACUUUAAAUUCCUAAGCAUAUUCAUUUAGAUGACUAGUCUUAAAAAUUGCAAGUGGUAUCUUUGGUUUUUUUAAAUUUAAUACUGUUGAACUUUACUUUUUAACUUGAUGUCUGUAUUUUUUAUUCAUAAAGCUAUAAAGCAACUAAUUGGUUGAAACAUCUGUGCAUCUUAACAAUAAUAUCUUUUAUUUAUUUAUGAAUUUAAUUUUUCUAUGCUAAUUAUGAACUUCUGCAAUAACAAGGUAACAUGAUUCUUGUUACUUUAUUGUUUCCAAAUUGUGACUUUUGGCUUGGUUUGACAUCAGAGUAUAAUUGUGAUAAAAAAAAAAAUUAUGGAAAAGUUGUUUAUUAAGUUUUUGAUGCAUGUAUGUUUUCAAAGUGCAAUCAUAUUUGGAUCCAUUGAUAAGAAUAAAUGAGGUAUUGUGUUUUUUUAUCAACAGAGGCGCAGAUAUUCAAUAACCCAUGCAUACAAAUAAUUAGUAACAUUCUGUAUUUAUA